AGUUUUAGAAUAAAGAAGUUAAUACAAUGAGCUGUAUGGGCACUUGAGCACGUGAUUACAUUAAAUUCCAAUGAUAAUUAUCAAAUCAUCGUACUCUGAAAUUAGAUAUUGAAGGAAUUCAAGUCUCAUUUUCUUAUGCAUAUUGUAUGGAGUACUAACUUCGUCCUCUUUAACAUGAGCAGUUGCAUGUUACUAUCCUUUUUUUUCUUUUUUUUUUGGACCAAGACUUAUCCAAUCACUUGUUACCGGUAAGCCGGGUAGUUUUCUUAGAAUUAAAACGGAAGUUGAGCAGAAAACUAAACAACGGAUCGGAGAGACUAUAAAAAUAAUUGAAUUUGUUAUUCCACUUGUAAACCUCUGUUGUGUAUAUAAUUAAGUUGUGUCGCCGGUGGCUUGGAUCAGACCCGCCGAUCUCAAGUCUAUACAGUUGGUUUUUUUUUAUAAGGCCGGAUAUGGCGCACGCGCUAGUGGGAGGGGGACUCAAACCAACAGAAUUACGCUCAACAUAAUUUUAAUCAUUUGAAGUAGUCAAAUAAAACAUUAUUGGUGUCACGUCGUGAACCAAAGCCUCCCCACCUCCCUUGAACAAGUUCCUGUAACUAACCAAGAACAAGUAACAACCGUCUGAGCUGUACUUACUGUCAUCUUUGUUUCGUGUGUAUGUGUUUUUUUUUUUAAUUUAAUUUAAUAAUUGUUUUCCUGACCAUGUUGCCAGCUCCCUCCUAGCUGCUUGUAGUCAUACCAUUCUUCCUCAGAAAACUGGGUGUUCUUUUUGUUUUCUAGAGGAAAGUCAACUGAUGCAAAAUCACAAAUCAAAAAACAAUUAUUUUUCAUCUUUUUUUUUUGUCAUUUUGUCAAAGAAUUUCUUACCAAUGAAGAAGAUUUUGUUAUUUUGUUGAAGCCUGUAAUUUAGUUUGAGUUUUCAUGUAUUUGACUCAUAUAAUCAUAUCAAGCAAGCAUGGAUUCCAAAAGGCAUAAGCAAGUAAGUUUUUAUGAAAAUGGAAAUCAGAGCUUCAAUAAUAGUUAUUCUUCAUGGGGAGUGUCAUCAGAAAAAUCAUCAAAUGCAGCCACACCAGCAUACAAACAGACAACUCCAUUAAUAAGCAGCCGUGUAGGGAUUAACAGAAUAGGGAGUGGCAUAAACAGAAUAGGGGAAGCUUUCAAGUUACCUACCUUCAGAGUAUUCACAAGAAAUGGAGUUGAUGGACCUUGGAAACAAGAUGAACCAUGGUGGAAUAGGACCUUGGAUCCAUCAAGUGAGGUGGUCUUAUUAUGGAACCGUAUUUUCUUGGUGGCGUGUCUUGUGGCACUCUUUGUUGAUCCAUUGUUCUUUUACCUUCCUGAAGUUGAUACCCCAAACAAUUCCUUCUGUAUGUCAAGGAAUGUGCCUUUGGGUGCUGUUGUCACCUUUUUUCGUACACUUGCUGAUUUUUUAUACAUGUUACAUGUCUUUGUGAGGUUCCGUACAGCUUUUGUAGCACCUAGCUCUCGCGUCUUUGGAAGAGGUGAACUUGUAUUAGAUAGGAAGGAGAUUGCAAGAAGGUAUAUCAGAUCAGGUUUCUUCAUUGAUCUCAUUGCAGCAUUACCUCUUCCCCAGAUUGUGAUAUGGUUUAUAAUUCCAGCAAUUAAGCUGUCUAAAUCAAGAAGCACCUAUAAUGCACUCCAAUUGAUUGUUUUCUUCCAAUAUAUUCCACGGUUUUAUCUGAUAUUCCCGCUGAGUGCUGAGAUUAUAAAGUCUGCUGGUGUUGUCACGAAAACAGCCUGGGCAGGAGCUGCUUAUAAUCUCAUGUUCUACAUGUUGGCUAGUCAUAUUUUAGGGGCGGCUUGGUAUCUAGUAUCUGUAGAAAGGUACUCAGCAUGUUGGAAGACAGCCUGUAGACAUGAAAAAGCCCCUGUGGAUUGCCUUCUCAAAUACUUGGAUUGCAGUACUAAAGAUGAUGGUGAUCGUAUCAUUUGGGCUAAUAGCACCCAAGUGUUCUCUACGUGUGAUCCUAAUAACCCGAAUAGUACUUUUGAGUAUGGGAUAUUUGUAAAUGCAAUACUGAAAGAUAUUGUCUCAGACAAUUUCAUGGACAAGUACUUCUAUUGUUUGUGGUGGGGAUUACAACAGUUGAGUUCAUAUGGACAGAAUUUGGAAUCAAGCACAUACGCCUGGGAAACCUUAAUCUGCAUUUUCAUUGCCAUAAUCGGUCUGGUUCUGUUUUCCCUCUUAAUCGGUAACAUGCAGACCUAUCUGCAAUCUAUCACUUCGAGGCUGGAGGAAUGGAGGCUUAGGAGGCGGGACACUGAGGAGUGGAUGAAACAUCGCCAGCUCCCUCCUCACCUACGAGUAAGAGUGAGACGGUUUGUUCAGUACAAGUGGCUGGCAACCCGAGGUGUUAAUGAAGAAGCAAUUCUAACUUCCUUGCCUAUAGAUCUACGCCGUGAUAUCCAAAGCCAUCUGUGCUUGGAUCUUGUUCGCCGAGUCCCUUUUUUUGCUUCAAUGGAUAAUCAACUACUGGAUGCCAUAUGUGAGCGACUUAGAUCUUCGCUAAAUACUGCAGGCACUUUCAUUGUUCGCGAGGGUGAUCCUGUUACAGAAAUGCUCUUUAUAAUAAGAGGGAAACUAGACAGCUCAACCACAAAUGGAGGACGAUCAGGAUUUUUCAAUUCCAUCUUAUUAAGACCAGGAGACUUCUGUGGUGAAGAGCUUCUUGCAUGGGCCCUACUUCCAAAUGCUGCUAAUUUCCCGUCUUCCACAAGAACUGUUAAAGCAAUAGAGGAAGUAGAAGCUUUUUCAUUACAAGCAGAAGACCUCAAAUUCGUGGCAAAUCAGUUUAGGCGUCUUCACAGUAAAAAGCUACAACACACUUUCCGUUACUAUUCUCACCACUGGCGAACUUGGGGAGCCUGCUUUAUUCAAGCUGCUUGGAGACGGUUUAAGAAGAGAAAAAUGACUCAAAGCUUAAGUUCUAGAGAAUCAUUUUCGGGUUCUUUUACUCAGUCGAGUUCAUUUUCACAAUAUGAUAAUGUUGAGUUUGAAAGCCAAGAACGAGCCCCUGAUGACAAUAAUAAUGGUGAAACAGCAACUUCAUCUCAAGCUAUCCAACAGCUCGGAGUCACUCUUUUGGCAAAAAGAUUUGCAGGCAAUGCGCGAAAAGGUGCACAAAGAGGCAGGGAAAUUGAGUUGCCUAAGAUGAUUAAGCCUCAAGAUCCUGACUUCUUUUCUGACCCUUAAAUACUACUAAUUAAUAAUCAGAUUAAAUAUAGGUCAUGUUAUCCGAGUUGCUCCGUAGUCCCUGUUGUGCAAAAGCCAGAAUGCAUGUGUAGAUGAAAUUUACUUUUAUCCCUCCUUUUUUGGGUGAUAUGUUGUACAUUUGCAUUGAAAUGAUUGUGCAGAUAGUUAAUCAAAUUCGUGAUUUUGACAGAAAUUUCAGUGAA